AGAUUUUUUUUAUUUCUGGCAGCGCCGGCGUGGGAAGAACGGGCGCUUUUCUCGUGAUGGACGCGAUGCUGCGCCAGGCUAAGAAACAAAAGACGGUGGACAUCUUCAACUACGUGAAAGCCAUCAGGGAAGACCGGCCACACAUGGUGCAAACAUCGGAGCAAUACGUGUUUAUCCACUUGGCUGUCCUGGAGGCGCUUGUCUGCGGAAGCACUGAUAUUCCUGCUGACAAUAUGAAGGCCGCUAUGGCCAGGCUCUCCAAACUACGGACUCCAGAAAAUGUGUCGGGGUACGAGGCGGAGUUCCAGAGGUUGUCAGUCAUUGUGCCAUCAAGUGUCCCGGAUGUAGAUGUUUCGUCGGGAUCAAAGUACAGAAUUUCAUUGAUCGACAAAAAGUCUACAUUGAAAAGCCCAGCUAAGCGAAAACUGACUGCCUAUAUGAAUGCCAGUUUUGCUAAUGCAUACAGAGAGAAAAACGCAUUCAUCCUCUGCCCGGCUCCAUCGAGUGAAGACAUCACGAACUUUUGGCAAAUGGUCCUGGAUUUCUCAGUAGGCACUGUCGUGAUGCUGUACGACACCUCAGAGGGACAAAAGCGUUACCGGCAGUACUGGCCAUCACGUGACGCCAAGAGUUAUGGGAAGAUACAAGUUCAACUUUUAGACGAGGACGUGGAGUCUCAGAUUAUCACGAGGAGGUUCGUCCUCACCACCAAGGAGGGCGCGUCGCGGGAAGUGCGUCACUUCCAGAUCCUCGGUUGGACUGAGCAGAAGUUACCUGACAAGUCGAGUGUUCUCCGCCUGAUAGAGAGUACUCAGAGCUCUCAGCAGCAGUCUGGUAACGCCGCUAUUCUAGUUCAGUGCAGUAACGGCGCUGGUCGAAGUGGCACUCUUUGUGCUGUACUGUCCGUGAUAGACAGGGUGAAGGCUGAGCAUGUUGUAGACGUAUUCCAGGCCGUCAAGGUCCUCAGAGCAUCACGGCCGGGAGCUGUCGAAUCCCUGAGGCAAUAUGUGUUCUGCUACGAGGCCACAAUGGCAUUUCUGGAUUCCUUCAGCGACUAUGCCAAUUUUAGCUGACACUAGCAUGAUACUAAUAAACGCAUUCCGUGCGAUCCCUUCUUGAUAGCCAAUAAAUCAUGGAUGCUUGCCACACUGUGGGAUCUUAGCUUGAUAUUACAUAUAUUAUAAGACAGAAGAAUGGUGUUCAGAAGGAUCAACAGCAAGAAUACAGCAGUUCUUUGAUGA